AUGUCGUCCCCAAAGUCGCAAAAGUCUAGGUCGCCUACCAAGUCGCCGCCAGGACCGCAGUCCCCGGCUGCGCUGGACCAGGUUGCAGAAGAGCAGGCGGCAAUUGAAGUUGAUGAUGAUUCCGAUUCUUCGUACUCCAAAUCCACGGGCAUUACUGAUACCGAGUCCCUUCGGUCCUCGAUUAUGGCGUUCAAGUGGGAGAAUGGACGACGAUACCACGCCUACCAAGAUGGAUCCUAUUGGGCUCCCAAUGAUGAUCGUCAACAAGAAGCCGAAGACCUCAUGCACGAGGUAUAUAGAAUCAUCCUUGGCAAUUCGCUGUAUGAGGCACCCAUUGGAGAUAGUCCUCAGAAAGUUCUUGACAUAGGAUGCGGAACUGGUAUUUGGGCAAUUGAAUUCGCUGAUGAGCAUCCUUCGGCUGACGUUCUUGGCGUCGAUCUUUCUCCCAUCCAACCAAACUUCGUACCCCCCAACUGCAGAUUCGAGGUUGACGAUAUCACAAAUGAAUGGACUUACCCCGACGACAACUUCGACUUUAUUCACGUACGUUCUAUGAUAGGCUGUAUCCCCGACUGGACUGAGCUUUACCGUAAAGCGUUCAAGCACACGAAGCCUGGUGGCUGGGUAGAAAGCGUCGAACUCUGGGGCAACUCAAAGUGUGAUGACGAUACUCUGAAGCCCGAAUCACCGCUUUUCAAGUGGGUAGAGGUUUUCAAGAAGAUUGAAACUCUGACAGGAAAAUCCUUCUUCUGGGAUGACAAGAUGCAGAAGUCGAUCUCCGACGCUGGAUUUACCAAUGUUUCGGGCCGAAGGAUCAAGGUUCCAAUUGGAACUUGGCCAAAGGACAAGAUUCUCAAGCAGUGGGGUGCUUGGAAUCGCCAUUUCCUUCUUCAAGGUCUUGAAGGCUUCUCAAUUCGUGGUUUGACUGAAAUGCUUGGCUGGAAAUACGAGGAUGCCCAGUUGUUCUUGGCCGACAUGCGCAAAGAAUUGACGAACCCAGCUUUGCAUGCGUAUCUUGAAGUGACUGUAUUUUAUGGACAGAAACCAGAGGCUUGA